UAAAUGAUGUUUCUAAAGAAUCUGAAGUCCGCUCCGUGUGUCCGUUGUUUUUUAACCCUUUAAGGAGCGGAAGCUUCGUCUUUAUGUAACUCUGUUUUUCUGUUUUGCCUCUGAAAUAAAGAGCCAGUUUCCCUGCACAUGCAUGUGCACACAGGCGCGUGCACUUCUACAUGACUGAGCGGAUUGUCGUGCGCGCGUCUGCCUGCAUCUACCUGUGUUUACAGGCGCGUUUUCCUCCUGAAUACGCGAAGGUGGACGCUUUCUUGAGCGCGUGCACGUAUGCAUGCCUGGAUGUGUGAGUGCGCGCGCUCGGGGCGUUUGCGUUGCUGCUGCUGAAAGCCUCCCUCUCUCUCUCUCUCCCUCUCUCUCAUCUUCCUCCCUGCUGCUUCUCCUCCGCUUCAGUUUCAGUAUCGACCUCCUUCGCGCAGCAUCUCUGCUCUUCAUCCUCCGUCUCCAUCCUCCUCCUCCCCCUCUUCUUCCUCCUCCGCCUUAGCACCGCUUCCUCUGCAGGUGGAUGGAGGCUGGGAGCCCCGGAGACAGAAGCCAUGGCCGGGAUGCGCUGCCGUCACACUGCUGAGCACCUCCCUUCGCGCCGGGGAUCACAUCCUUAAAUGACCCGCGGCUGAGGAGAGGGGGGUGUCUCCGGAUCCAGCGCCCGGAUCAUGGCAUGCUGCCCACACCGGGCAUCCAGCACUGACCAUGGGGCUCCGGUCCAGGACCGUCGUUAGCGGCUCGGACGAGCAGAAGAAGCCCUCCGGCGCUCCGCCCGGGGACUUACUGGACCAAAGCACCACAGGAGCGGACAAGGAUGGCGCCCUGCUGUUGGUGGCUCCGGGCCGGGAUGACUACAAGCGGAGCUCCCAGGGCAUCGGCAUUGGGCUGCUGGCCAAGACCCCCCUGAACUACGCCCGGCCGGCCAAGAGGAAUAACAUCCGCAAGAGGAAGAUCCAGAACCUGAUCUACGACGCGCUGGAGAGGCCGAGAGGAUGGGCGCUGCUCUACCACGCGUUCGUGUUUUUAAUCGUUCUGGGCUGUUUGAUUCUGGCCAUACUGACCACAUUCAAGGAACACGAGAACGUGUCGGCACACUGGCUGGUCAUACUGGAGACGUUCGCCAUCUUCAUCUUUGGAGCCGAGUUUGCGCUGAGGAUUUGGGCGGCCGGUUGCUGCUGUCGCUAUAAAGGAUGGAGGGGCAGGCUGAAGUUCGCUCGCAAACCCCUGUGCAUUUUAGACAUCUUCGUGCUGAUUGCCUCGGUGCCGGUGGUGGCGGUGCGUAACCAGGGAAAUGUGCUGGCCACGUCCCUGCGCAGCCUGCGCUUCCUGCAGAUCCUGCGGAUGCUGCGCAUGGACCGGAGAGGAGGGACGUGGAAGCUGCUGGGCUCCGCCAUCUACGCGCACAGUAAGGAGCUGAUCACAGCCUGGUACAUCGGCUUCCUGUCUCUCAUCCUGGCGUCCUUCCUUGUCUACCUGGUGGAAAAGGAUGACGCCUCUGUGAGCAUGUCUGACCAGGAGAACCCCACGGCCCAGCCCAAAGAGCAGGACUUUGACACCUACGCUGAUGCGCUUUGGUGGGGGCUGAUCACACUGACCACCAUCGGCUACGGGGACAAAACCCCAAAGACCUGGGCUGGGAGGCUGCUAGCUGGCACCUUCGCUCUGAUCGGAGUGUCCUUCUUCGCUUUGCCUGCAGGUAUUCUGGGCUCGGGCCUGGCUCUGAAGGUCCAGGAGCAGCACAGACAGAAGCACUUUGAGAAGCGCAGACAUCCGGCUGCAGGCCUCAUCCAGUCUGCCUGGAGAUAUUAUUCCACCAAUCCAAUCAGGGAAGACCUUAUUGCCACUUGGAGGUUUUAUGAAACUGUCAUCUCUCUUCCCUGUUUCAGGAAGGACACCUUGGAGGUCAUGGCGAGCCAGAAACUGAGUUUACUCGAGCGUGUUCGCCUUCCUAAUUCAAGACCGUCUGUGGUGGCAGUAAAGAAGCUGACAGGAAACGCAGACUCCAUCGAGGAGAGUCCCUCCAAGGAGCCCAAACCUGGUGGCUUCACUAACCGGGAACGCUUCCGCACUGCCUUCCGAAUGAAGGCCAACACACUCCGCCAGAGCUCUGAAGAUGCCGGAGGUGUGGCAGAUCCAGCCUUAGAGGAACGGGGUUUCCCCCCUGACAUCCUCCUGGAGGAGAUGAUCCCCACGCUGAAACUGGUCAUCAGGGCAGUCAGGAUCAUGCAAUUCCUCUUGAACAAGAAGCGGUUUAAGGAAACUCUGAGGCCUUAUGAUGUCAAAGAUGUUAUCGAGCAGUACUCUGCUGGACACCUGGACAUGCUCUGUAGAAUUAAAUACCUCCAGACGAGGAUUGACAUGAUUCUUGCCCCUGGACCUCCUCUCACCCCAAAACACAAGAAAACUCAGAAAACACCCUUUACUUACCCGCCCAACCAGUCACCCAGGCAUGAGUCCUACAUAGCCAAAGCCACAUCCAUGCCAGAUGCGGAAGACCAAAGCAUGAUGGGCAGAUUUGUCAGGGUGGAGAGACAGGUGGAGGACAUGGAAAAGAAGUUGGACUUCCUGGUGGACAUGCACAUCCAGCACACUGAGCACCUGCAGGUGGACUCUGCCGGCUCUGCCCGCAUGACCCUGGAGACCUGCAAUCCUACGGCAAACGGUGAGAUCAGACGGGUUUUCCUCAACUACGCCGAGGCGUUCCCACACAUGUACCAGGUGCCUGUCAGCAAGGCGAACCCCUAUUAUGGCCGUGGAAGAGGAGGCAGAGAAGGGGUGGGGUUGGCAGGAGGAGUCGGCAUUGCCCCUUCGGUUCAUCAACCCCAACCCCCACCUUCAGCAAUCAUCCCCACUUACACCGAGCGUCCCACAGUGUUGCCCAUCAGCUCCCUGCAGGACUUGUCAGUGGGACUGGGUAGGACCACAGGGGGGCAAGGUGGUGACUCACCGCUCUCCAUGCUAUCGGUUAACCAUGAGGAGCUGGAGCGCUCGCCCAGUGGAUUCAGCAUCUCUGGGGAGCGGGAAGGGGAGAACUUCUCAAUGGGGGCCGGUUUGGCGCCCGGGGACCCUGGCUGGACGAGACCCAGGCCGAGCUACCUGGCGGAGGGGGAGACGGACACAGACACAGACCCUUUCACACCAAGCGGGGGGCCCCUGCCUCUCUCCUCCACUGGUGAGGGAUUCGGCGACGCUGUGUGGACCAUGCCACCCUGAGAGGAAACAAAUUCGGCGCAGAUAUCCACCACUCUGAGUUAAGAUAUUAAAUUCAACCCAAGCCUCUAAACCCAAGCCCUGGGUCAAAGCCACCGCUGUGGACUGAACGUCUGGGGAGGUUAAGUUGGAUCUUAUCCGAGAUAAUCGACCUUCAGAGGCCACCGCAGAUCUCAUCAUGCCGUCCACGGUCCAGUCAGAGAGCCAUGGCACUGAGACUGCCUAGAAAAAAAAAAGAAAAAGGGAAACCACACCGUUUGUAAAGUAACUCUGUACAGCGCACUCUCCGCAAAAGUUUAGCUGACAUAAAAAAAGAACAAUAAUAUACAUACUAUAUACACCCAAAAGCUUUAUUGCUGCAAAGCCAACCGCACUGCAUGUAACGCAUGCGAUUUUUAGUGUAGUCACUGCAAAGUUCAGGAUAUCAGGAAAAGGAAAAAGAGAACGAAUGGUUACGUAUACUUGCUAUGCCAUUUUGUAACACUUAUUUUUUUAUAUGAAUACAUUUUCAUUGUUUUUGCAUGGUUUGCAUGAUAAUGCACCACUGUAGGAGUUGACGAUUAGAAGGUGAUCCUGGAACCAAAAGUCUCCUGUCUUUAGUUGUUUGGUGAGUGUGUGUGUGUGUGUGUGUGUGUGUGUGUGUGUGUGUGUGUGUGUGUGUGUGUGUGUGUGUGUUAGAGAAGAGAGAGAGACUUUGGUAAUAAAACCAUGGCUAGUUUGCUGGCAGUCAUGUUUCACCGUUUCUACUUUUCUCACGUUGCUCUGUAAGGUCUCUGAGGAUCAAUUCUGUCCAGAAACCAGAUUUGUUUUCUGGUCUCAGUGUUUUGUUUUCACGCCACUGUGCUCAAAUUGUGUGUCACCACUUUGUGUGAACUGACUAUCCACUUGAAAAUUUGACUGCGUUUGAAACACUAAAUCUGCUGCUUUGUUGGCACAUGAAUUCAGGGAUAUAAACCACCUGUGAAGUUCUGCUUCUGCUUGAUUAGUAUUCAGAGCGUAACUUCAAUGCAAAAAUAGUGGCUUAAAUUUCCAGCACUAAAAAGAUAAAAAAGAUUCCUACAUAAAGGGAGGCACAAUAUGUCUGUCCCAGUACUCACACUUGUGGUCUUGAAGUAACACAAUCUGUUCUUGAUGCACAUUUCUCCAAAGUUAAGUUUGUAAGUAUUUCUAAUAACUUUCUGUGCUCAGCUUUUCCAGGAAAAAAACAGCCUUUUUGGAGUAAUACUGCAUAAAUUCAGUUUUUAAGAACUUGGAUCGCCUGUAGUUUAAAACUUAUUGAGAAGAACUACUCAAAAUGAAGAUGAAUAGGCUCACUUGUGCAUUUACAUAAUUGACUUUUGAUUUUCUAAUGUGUCGUUAUUAAUAACUUUUUCAUUGUUAUCAAAAAAUUGAUCAAUGGUGGGCCCUUUGUUUGUUUCUGGGGAUUAGCCUAAUGUUGGCUAACACUAGGUUGCUAACACAGACAAAUUGCUAGCUAAAUAUUAUCUGGAGUGUAUAAGGUAAGCUCGUUCAGGAGGUAAACCUGGUGCUAGGUUGGCUACUCAUUUUAAAUUGCUUUGUAGCUGAUGCCAGAUUCAUGCAGUGUAGCUAAGUUAUAGUUAACCAGCUAUCCUUUAGCUUUCUUGCUAACAUUACUGUCAUAUUCUUCUUUGUGUGGUGGUGUAUAGCGUUUUGAUAAGGUACCGUCUCAAAUCGAUCAUUCCCAGUCAGACCAUCGGCAGAAAUGAUCUUUGAAUAUGACUAUGAUCACUGCAUUGUAUGAACACUCAUAAGGAUAAAUUCUUGCACAGUUACGAUGACAAUUUGGCAGUAAACACCACUUAGCAAGCUAGCUAGUCCAGCUAUCUCCUGCUCAGACUGUGAGUCUGAGUUUCAGAAGAGCGUUGUUGGGUGGUCCAUCUCUUUUUUUACAAAGCCAGUUUGGCUACCAUUUAUUGCGAGAAGUGUCACACGUUUCAAAUUCAAUUUUUUCAUUGUUAUGGGUGUGGGCCUGCUGACUUUCACUUUCAGCUCUCACAAUGCCAGGACAUUACAGAAGACGCUGCAUGGGGAGAAUGAUCCCUUUUAUGUUCAAAUACUAAGCACUACUGUUUGAGUGAAAACUACUGUUAACUAAAUCAGUGAAGAAUAAAGGGGAUUCAGAGCAUCGCAUUUUACGGGGAAUCAUAAAAAACCCCCCAAAAAAACAAACACAUUUCUACCGAGCAUCUAACGCAGGAAUAAUCAAAGGUGAGAUCUGGUCUCAGUUUUAUUUAUAUAACACCAUUUUGUUUGGUAAAAAAAGGGUUUGAGACAUAGGUGCUGAGUGUUAGUGCAAGUUCACUAAGUAACUAGUAAAUGUGAUAUAAUGGCUUAUAAAUUACAUCAGUUGAUUGAAUUCAAGACAAAAUUGAGUAGCACUUGAAAAUAAGCUCGUAUAGCUAACAUUAACCUUCUACAGUACUUGAAAAGAGUGAUUAACGGCAAGGGAAGUUAACUAUAGCCACGCUGCAUGCGUCUGGCAUUUUAGCUUUGAUAUCAUUCUGCUCUCACAGUAAUACGAUGGGCUUGUAGCUGCAGUAGAUGAUAUACAGUUCAUACAAUAGUGCAACAGAACAGUGAAGGACAGGCUCGCUGCUGUUUUGACCGAUGCCACAAACAGAAGCUAUAGCAUGCUAAAUACACUUCAUGGUUUUCUAGAUUUUACUCACUAAAAAACCUUUCUUUUUGUUUUUGGAUUGUCUUACUUCUAUUAGCCCCUCAGAUCAUAAUAGUAAGACUGGGUGGUUGGUUGGUGUACUUUCCCGUAAAUCAGCUGAGCCAUAUAUAGUAUUUGCAGGAGCGAUGGUGUACUUGUGUAUCUAAGAUCCAACAAUACUGGAAAUUCACCAAAUAAAUGUGCAUUAGGAUACUCGUGAUGACGUGUGGUUACUGGGACAGUCUUCAGAUUCCUUUUUAAAAUGUUCACUCUUAUUUUAAAGUUGCUUUAAAAAAAGAAAAGGAAAAAAAACAAGCAAUAAUGAAAUAUUAGCCAUGUUGCAUCGAAAUAAACCACAACAAAUUCGAGGCAGUCAUGUUCCCAGGUGUUGGAUAACGCCGUUUUGUCAGAUGCCGCAUCUGUGUCUUUCAUUUUAGCAGAACUGGUCACCAAGAAAUAAACCAACCCAGUUUAAAGACCUAUAGAACCCAACAGAAGAGGUGCCAGAUUACAGGUUUAUUAACCAGCGAUUGCAGUUCACUAAGGUAACCCCUAUUAGGCUCCUGAUUAAGUUUAGGCUCAAAUAACAGCUGGACUCCAGCUACAAAAAUCUCUAAUAUGGGUUCAGAUGUGCUUCUUUACACUACAAAUCAUCUCCUGUGAAAAACGGUGAGUUGGACAUAUCAGCGUUCCAUCAAACUUCACUAGUGAAAGACACGUACACGGUUUUGACGUUAUUUAGUGUUCUGGGAAUCAGAACAGCCAGGAAAAUUCUGUAGCUGUGUUUUGUUUCUUAAAUACGAAUUAAGGAAAGCAAACAAUAAUUUCCACUGAAUUUUAGGUGCGAUUUCUACUGCAAAGCUCCAAUAAAUCCGGUAUGGUAGCUAAAAACUGAAAGUAACUCUGUAUGCUGUAGCUCAGAGAACAAUAAGGACACUGCCUAAAAUUAGCAAACUGAAUUUAGCUUUUCUACACUCCAAUUAAUCAUUUAAAUUUUAGUUUGAAUUAUUGCAACUUUAAACCUGCUGUAUAGUUCAGUGCUGUGUUGUGAGCAACUCGAAUGUCUAGUUACAAACACAGAAAACCUCAAACUGAAAAGAGAAAUAAAGGUACGUGAAGGCGGAGCUUCCUGAUCAACAGGUAUUUUUUAAAUGAAAACACCACAAAGCCAGACCUGACCACCUACUGCAAAUAAAAAGCUUUACAGACGACCACGUAUAGGCCUAAACUGCAUUUAUUACCUUAGACUUAGGACGACACUGAUAUUGAAUGUAAUAUCUCACAAUAUGUACACACAUGAAUUAUUAUCAAUACACAGUUAUAGCAUGUUCAGGCACCUUCACAGUUAAUUGACAGAGGAGACUUCCACACCAGGCUUCAACUCUACAAUUCGUUGCUUUGUUUACUUUUACUGUUUCUGACCUAAAAAUCAUGACUAAUGAACUUAUCUUGCAUUAAUUAUUUUUAACAUUAACUUUUAACUUCGUUAAACGGAUAAAGUUUUGGUUUAGUAUCCGUGAU